ACUCUUCACCAAGUGACUUUGAGUUACUACAUCGAUGUAGUAACUUCGUCAUAAAAGAGCGUUUAUACGGCAUCUAACAUCAGUAGUUAUAACAUCGAUGUUAUAACUCCGACUUAAAUCGGGACGUGUAAACGUAGUCAUAGAAGAUGACUUUGGUCCGUUAUGCGCAUGCGUUAAAUCGUUGCGCAUGCGUUAUUGUAAUCUCGUUUUGGCCGCGCAUGCGUUAUUGUAAUCUCGUUUUGGCCGCGCAUGCGUAUUUCGAGGAAAAGUCAUAGAACGAGACAGAAUUCUAGUUUCUUCUGUCUCACUUCUUGGCUUCACUUGUGCCGAUCCGUUUCCCCUUCCAUGUCUAUAAGUUCUAUGGCUGGAAAGCACGGCUUAUUUCAUGCGGCCUCGGCGUGUUUCGAGGGAGAGACUCUCGACUCCGAUACCUCACGAUAUCUCGCCUCGCGCGGUACAGACAUGGCGCGGCCAAUCGGCGCGCGCUACGUGCCCGCCGCCGAGUUCGACUGAUUUCUCUCUUCGUUUCUCAUCACGCGUUGCGCGGGUUGCGCCGCCGGUCGCACGAGUCUCUCGCCUGUUUCUCUCCGUAUGCCGAUCGCGCGCGACCUGGUGAUUUGGAGAUUAGAUUUUGUCGCCGUUUUCGAAAGCUCGCCGGGGUCUCCAGGGGUCUCCGAGGAAACCACGGUGGCUGACGCGAUCGCGGAAGCGCGAAUCGAGGUGCGGACGAAGUCGGGACGCGUUCGGAGCAUUAAACGGCUGCUCGGAAUCUCGUUUGCUUGCGUACGCAACAAGAAACGACAAGGUGCAUCUUCAGCGAAACCUGAAAAGUGGCCUUACUUUACAUAUUAGUAGGAAAAAACAAUGGAUACCUGAGAUUCACUCGCGAAGGACUCGCAUAGGGAUGUGACACUUUGGUCUGUCAGCAUUUUAGAACUGAUUGUCCCAUCAAACGGUGCGAUUGCAUCAUAUUUUACAUCAUGAUUCGCAGCCAAAGACGGCAGCAGGGCCUGCAGAGCGGGAUUUUCUUGCUGUGCAUGCAGGUCCUGAACUUUGGACUCGACAGGAUACCACCUGCCACUCUAAUUGGAGUCAUUGCGCAGGCUCUACUGUACGUUGGACUGAUACAGGUGCCGUGGAACGCAGAGGACGUGUGCAUCUCGGCCGUGAAAGUAAUCAAGUACAAGAACUGGCGGUCGUUCUUCCUCUCGAACUUCGAGCAUGGAUCCGACAUGCACCUGUACUACAACAUGAUCUCCUUUAUUCUAAAGGGCGCAUACUUGGAGCCUCUUUACGGCACGACGAACUUCGUACUCUUGCUCGUUACAUUGUCUAUCGGGUGUAGCGCCAUGUAUGUGUCCCUAGGAUACGUAUUGAUGCAGUUAACGGGGGACUACGGAUACUUCACCGCGUGCGCUAUCGGCUUUUCCGCCACGUUGUUCGCGCUGAAGGUGAUCGCGCUGUGCGAAGAGCGCGACAAGCUGCAGAAUAUCAGCGGGUUUAUAGUGCCGAGUAAAUUAGCCGUGUGGCUCGAGCUGUUGCUGAUACACCUGUUGGUCCCAAAUUCUUCCUUCAUUGGUCAUCUGGGUGGUAUUUUGGUUGGAUGCUUAUAUUCUUACACAUUCGUUGGGGAAACAAUCGACAAUUUGAUACACGCGGUAACUGGCACACCUAUCAUACACGAAGAACAAUUCUAUAGAAGACGAAACCGGCGGUUUACUUGACAUUCUGUAAUUCUCAUCGAUCCAACAUAUUUGCGGCCCUGUUCUAGUUUAAUAAGUGUAUAUAUCGAGAAUCGAAUCGUUUUAUAUGAAAAGUAAUUCAAUGAAGCACAACUUGACCACUAAUUCGUAAGAUUGUGAUCCCAAAUAAUAAUUUAUAAGUAAAUAUAUUAAUAUAUAAUGAAUGCGAGUGUUUUAUACAGACAAAUUAUGAUUACUUCUAAUUUAUUACAAUUUAUUUAAAAUAAA